AUGUAUUUGCCGGGAGCCACCUCGGUGCCACAAGUAGAGCAGAACACUUUGGUCACCGGCGACAGCUUCUACAAUGAACCCAAAAACAUCUCCAGCUACCUGCCUGGAGAAGUGAUCCGGAUGCGGAAGAUGCUUCAGACCCCGCUUCCCCAAUUCACCACGGCCGUCUAUCAAUAUAUGGUACGUUCCACCGACUCGCUCGACAAGCCCGUGGGAAUAGUCUCCACCAUCUAUAAGUCUGCAAGAAGCAAAGGCAACAAGUUGCUCUCGUUCCAGGUGCCCAGCGACCUGGCGUCCAUAGACUGCGCCCCCUCCGUCAGCAUGCUGGACUCCAUGCUCAAGUUGGAAGCCCCGCUUCUGCACGGCUGGGACAUCUUAGCCACCGAUUCCGAGGGCCUCAAUGCCGCGUUUGGCGCAGGCAAGUUGGGCGGCUAUUCGGUCUUGGACGGUAUCCGUGGAGCCUUGGUCACCGGCAAAAUCACCGGCAUCAAAGCCGACGCCCGCACCGUGAUCUGCGGCUACUCCGGAGGCUCCAUUGCCACCGGCUGGGCCGCGGCUCUCCAGCCCCGGUAUGCUCCUGACCUAAACGGAAUCCUAGUGGGAGCGUCGAUUGGCGGCUGGGUCACGAAUUACACGGCCACCAUAGAAUCCAACGAUGGCACUAUCACGGCAGGCUUGGUGGGUGCUGCCCUUAGUGGCUUGAUUGCACAGUACCCCAAGCUAAAGGAGGUGUACAAGCGCUACGUCACACUGUCCACGAUGUUUGAGACAAUCACACAAAGGGCGCAAAACUGGUGCCUUCUUGGGGAAUUGGCUCAUUUUUUCGACGUCAGUUUCUUCAUGGGCGACAGCCCCGGUUUCAAGAAGGGUGCCUUGUCUGACCCCACGGUCAAACAGAUUCUUGACGAGAACACCGUGGCGCUCAGAAGAGACCAGGGCUUGCCCACGUGCCCGAUCUUUUUGCACCAUGCGUUGAGCGACACCGUUGCGCCCAUCAAUGAUAUCAGGCGUGUGAUCCAGAACUAUCGCGACUGGGGCAUCAAGUCUUUUGAGGUCAACUUUGUGAGAGAUACAGGCCACGUCAGGGAGUCGUACAGUGGAUAUCCGGCCGCGGUGGCCUGGCUUAAAAGAAUUCUUGAUGGCGAGCCCCCGGUCGAAGGCUAUGUCGAGAAGACCUGGGACACUCUCUAUGACUAUCCUGGUGCCAAUCAUAACCCAGUCAGCAAGCGCGAGAAGGCCAACGACCAGAAGUCGGAUGUUCUGAGACGAGCUUUGACUCAUGCUGAAGUUAUGGAACUUGAUGAUGAGUCCAAGGCCAAGUUUUUCAGGAAACAUAUGGUGUUGCCAUAA